GUACAUUAAUACCCGAGUGGAAGAGUACAUACAAAUAUGCAUCUUUUAAAAUUAGGAACUAAAGAAAAACUAAUGGAGAACCAAAUUUCCAAAUCCCCAAAAUUCCAUUUGACAAUCGUGAAAUUUCCGGUUCAUCUCCUUCUCAUACUCGUCCUUACAUUGUCCGGCGCCGCCGCCGGCUCGCCGAAGCUCCCUUCGCCGAUCCUAUACUCAGAGCACUGCGGUGAUGUCGUCCCAGAGUCACCGGUAUCUCCAGACGCGACCCCUGUCGCCGAUCCACGCUCUUGGCUCGCCUUGCGGAAUGCUUACUUUUCCGGCGGCGAUCUGGGUGCGCUGUCGACACCGGGCUCUUCUCUCAGUCUCAGUGUCUUGCAUUUCACCACUCGUAACGUCCACCGAACCGUUACAGACGGCGUGUACAAGCUCGAAGGAAGCGUAUACAUUCCGCGAUCUUACGGACAGAGGGUUCCCGCCGGCCUAACCCGCCGCCGCGGUUUGCGGUUCGUCAAUUAUAGGCCCCCUAGAUUUCCUAGGCCGGGCUAUCCGCCGGUUAUUAACCUUUCCGGGUUCUGGAGCUCGAUCACUGGACAACUGUGCAUGGUUGGGUCGGGUUUCAGCAAGGCCAACUACGCACAAUACGCUCUGAAGCUAAGUUAUUUGAACUCUUCAACAAUUUUUGAUAGUUUGGUUAAUGGUAGCUUAGAGAGGUUUGGUUUAAAGCACAAUGAAAGGGAUCACAAUAAGUCUCUGGAAAUAUCUGGGUUUUCUUUGAGGAAUUAUAAUUACAGUCUGAUAGACAAAGAGGUAGAGAAAGAUACAUUCAAUGCAUAUGAUGGAUUUGUUAAUCAUUCACUGGGAUUGAGCAGCAAUCAGUAUUUAUGUUCAGCUCUAGGUAAUGCAAUAGUAGAAUUGGAGUACCCAACAGAAUGCAACGGUGCAAACUGCGACUUAAUUGAUGGAAUUAGCUCUAAGUUCACACCAUAUGAUAUGUACUUCAAGGAGAUUGAGUGUUCAAAAGAAAGUGGGAGGACGAGAUACCUGCUGUUCUUUAGAAAGCAAAGGCGUACUGAUUUCGAGAUCCCCUUUGAUCAAAAUGCAACUUUAGUGACUGAGGGUAAGUGGAACCAGAAGAAGAAAAGACUGGAAAUGGUUGUUUGUAGAGUUCUGAAAGACAGUGAUGUGUCCUCGAGUAAACAUUUGAUUGGAGAUUGUACAAUUAGGCUUAGCUUGAGAAUGCCAUCGCGGUGGACAUUGAGGGAGAGAAGUGAUUUUGUAGGCAACAUUUGGAGCACCGCCAAAAACUCAAACGAGUCGGGAUACUUUCCGAACAUGACCUUCCGAAGCAAUGCCAAUAGGCAGGUUAGGCCAGCUGGUGUGGUUUAUGAGUAUACUGAGAUUGAGAGAGCAAAAAGAUCAUGUGCAAACAAAAUGAUUAGCAAAGUCAAGGGAAAAGAAGGAAAAUACCCCGAACCUCACUCGUCCAACAUGAGGUUUAACACCAUCUUGAGAAGCAAAACCGGGGUUGAAUCAUGGGCUUAUUCUUCUCCUUUAUCUGUUGGCGAAAACUUUUUCAACAUAGAAAAAGUACAUUUAGGAACAUACGGAAAUCUAAGCAGAGUUGUUAACAUAAGUUUUGUGUUUCAUUUCUCCUUCCAAAGGGAUUUCAUGUUUGGAGGUAACCAUUCAAAUCACCCCUAUUCAAUGGAGAUUUCUUCGGAAGGUUUGUAUGAUUCUAAAACAGGCCAUCUUUGCAUGAUUGGGUGUAUGCAUGUUGUAUCACAAGAUACAAGCUUAUUGAAUACAAAAUAUACUGACUGUGAAGUACAAGUUGAUAUCCAGUAUGCACCUUUGAAUGCAAAAUCCGGAAAGAGCGUAAUAAAAGGAACCAUUGAGAGCUUACGGGUGAAGUCUGAUCAUUUUUACUUUCAACCUCUUGAGAUUGUAUCAACUUCCCUUUACAUAGAACAAGCUAGAGAGUCCAUAUGGAGAAUGGAUCUAGAAAUUACACUUGUCUUGGUUUCCAAUACACUCAUGUGUCUCUUUGUCGGUCUGCAACUACUGUAUGUAAAAAACCACCCCCACGUGCUUCCUUUCAUAUCCAUCACCAUGAUGGUUUUACUCACUGUUGCACACAUGAUCCCACUGUUGUUGAACUUUGAAGCUCUGUUUUUGGCCAACCGAAACAAACAGAAUGUUUAUUUAGGCGGUGAUGUGUGGCUUGAGGUGAAUGAGGUGUUAGUGAGAGUAAUUACAAUGGUAGCCUUCUUGUUAGAGUUUCGUCUUCUCCAACUGACAUGGUCUUCAAGAAAGACAGGUGUUGAAAGUCAGCAUAUGAGCCUAUGGACAGCUGAUAAGAAGGUUCUGUUAUUGUCUUUGCCUCUUUAUGGUAUUGGGGGGUUGGUUGCAUUGUGUGUCCAUGCAUUAAGGGCACGUCACCAAAGAAGGGCUGCUCUAUUGCACCGUUUCCACAGGCUCCUAAAAAAAUGGACGCUAUGGGGUGGCCUUAAAUCUUAUGCCGGUUUCAUAUUGGAUGGUUUUCUCCUCCCUCAAAUCCUCUUCAAUGUGUUUUCCAUUACCAACGAAAAGGCUCUCAGCCCUACAUUUUUUCUUGGAAACACACUCGUCCGCUUACUCCCACACGUGUAUGACCUUUAUAGGGCCCACCAUGGUUCAACCUGGACACUGAGUUACAUAUACGCAGACCCAAAACUGGAUUACUAUUCAACUUCAUGGGACAUCAUCAUUUGCUGUGUGGGCAUACUGUUUGCCUCUCUCAUUUACUUGCAGCAGAGGUUUGGGGGGAGGUGCUUUCUUCCAAGCAGAUUCAGAGAGACUGCUGUUGUUUAUGAGAAGGCUCCAACAGCUGUUAGUGCUGCAUCUGAUGGAUCAUAGAUCACUUCUCACUUGACAUUUGCCGUGUAUACUUCAAAAGGUUUAUAGACAUUUCCAAAUAUUUAUUUUCUUUAGAGAGCUCGAUUGAUUGCUUUCGGUUUUACAGUCCAAAUAUAUACCAGUAGUACCUAAAAAAAACAGCUCUCUUAUGG